AUGACAAUGGACAUACAAAAUAACUAUCAAAACUAUAAAGAACAGUCUCCGGACUCGAAAGAAACUAAUUUGAAUAUUGAAAGUGCGAAAACUUCUCAACAUUUGAAGACAGACAUGCAGUCGACGAUACUUAAUCAAGGGAAACCCUCAAAGCGUUCUUUCGAUGUCGCUUUCCUUAUGAUGCCAGAUGAAAAAAUUCGUCAAUCAGUGCAGCCAGAGCGACAGUUGCGAGUUUCAAAACAGUUGUUCAACACGGAAGAGUGGGAGCAACCAGCCAAAAGGGUAACAGAUUUAUAUAAACAAGAUGAAUAUUCAAAUGAAAAUAUUUUAGACUCGAGAGAUCACGACGAAGAUCGUAUGCGUAUAAACAAUAAUAUAUCUCCCACUUUUAGUUCGGACAUUAAUAUAGAUGUCGGUACAGACGAAUAUCCAAAUAAGUCUAUGUACUGCAGUGAUUCCGACACUUCGGAGCGGUCAAGAAGUCGUCCCAACUCCAACGAGAGCGCUGCAAGGCAACCAAAGUUUUUGCCGGAAUAUAAAAACAAAAUUUUCGACGAUCCGACUCUAAUAAGCAUUCAAACUAGAGCAAGAUUUGAAAAUCGUUUUGGUGAUAAGGCGAAUGACAUUUCGCCGAAAAGCGCUUUCACAAAAGUGUCAAACUUUUCUAUGCGAUCUCCGAACCCCUCAGUAAGCCCUGAUAAUCUUCUUUACCAAAAUUCUAUAAGCCCACCUCUAUCAACUUCCAGUCCAUCUUCAAGCUCUUAUAAUAAAACUGGCUUCAAUAAUAUUCUUACACCAGCACAUUUAUUAAACGGUCAUAACUUCUUUAAAGGACAAAAUGCACCAUCCAGCUCACCAAACUACCCUGAAUCAAGCACCUUGCAAAGAGCAAGUGGAUCUUUUAAAUCUGUUGAUUACCAGAAUAAACAAGAAACGAAAAAUAUUCAAAUGUUACCAAAUAAAAUGAAUUUUAUUCCAUUUAGACCUGAGUUACCAUAUUUACAAGCUGGACCCUCUUAUCCCUUCGGUGUCCAAAAUUUUCAACAACCGAAUCCAGACAUCAUGAAAUUUUCUGCACCUCCACGAGAGCCAGUAAAUCCAUUGAUUGCAAAUCCUGCUGCUGCAAUAUUAAGUACUCUCUUACCAUCGACUAUAGCCGCAUUUUCUUUGCCAGCUCAAAAUGUAUGCGCCAAAUGCAGUAUAAGCUUUAGAAUGACUUCUGAUUUGGUCUAUCAUAUGAGGACUCAUCAUAAAAGCGAGUCAACUGCCGAUCCAAGUAGGAGGAAGCGAGAGGAAAAAUUAAAAUGUCCAGUCUGCAACGAGAGUUUUAGAGAAAGACACCAUUUGACUCGACACAUGACAGCGCAUCAAGAUAAAGAAGGAGAUUUAGAUGAAGUGACACCCGUACAGAAUUAUAGUAAGAAGGGAAAACAGUUUUACCCUCACUCGGGAGGAGCCAUCCUUCACAAGUGA